AUGUCGAAGGUCGCAGCACACUCCGGUAAAACCACAUCGACACAAAUGGAAGCUCAACGGCACGGGAGCUUCUUCGCACUGCCGCCCGAGCUGCGCAGUUGGGUGUAUCGCGAGGCUCUUGUCAGCGGCACGAUACUGGUCCGCUCCGACGAUGAGAAUAUUCCUCCAGAACCGGCACUCCUGCAGAUCUGUCGACGGGUCCGCCACGAGACUCUCGGCAUAUUCUACCAGGAAAACUGGUUUCUCUUUGUGAUCGAGCAUGAUCGAGCCGACAAUUACAUCAGGUGGUGUAAUGGUGUAGAGCAUCGUAUAUCGGCGAACACAGCGUUCGACUUCAGAUUUGCUGAUCAGGUCAACUUCCUGCGCUGGGUCACAGCGAGAUAUUCCAGAAUCUGCGGUGUUCCAGAUAUGGACGACGACGAAGAAAAGACGAGGUCUACACGGGGGCUAGCAGUCGACAAGUUUCGGGACAGUGGUAUGGGCAGAUCGGAGGCUCUUGCACACAUGACGGCUAUGAUGCAGGUCGACCCACUUAGGCGAAUAGACUUUUGGUCGGCAAUUACCGAUGGAGUCUUCGAGUCGCUAGAACUGGACGGGAGCGAUCUUGAGAUCAGCAGCUCGAAUGAGGGAAGUCCGACAUCAAGCUCAAGCCGGAUCUCCAUGGACUACGACAAGUCAGACCUCGAAGGUAGCUUUGGUACGGACGAUGAAGAUGAAGAUGAAGACGGCGAAGACCUCAGCAGUGAUGAGAGCAGCGAAGAGAGUGGCGAGUCUGAUGAUGGGUCCGAGUGUAGUCAGGAUGGCGAGGAGUCAGACGAGGGAGACGAUAGCGGAGAGGAUGGCAUCGUGUACUGA